AAGACUGUGAAUUUCUUCAUCAAUUCAUGGAAAUGUUUAUUUAGUUACUCAUGUCAUUCCCCCUUGCAAGUAAGCAAGUCCUAUAAAUGCUUUGCUAAUAUUCCGCAUUAUGCAUCUCCAUCUUCAACAAAUGCUUUGUCUCUCAUCUGAAUGGAUCUAAGUAGCAAAACAUGUGAAGGCUCUCAAAUGUUAUCUUCCAAAAGGUCAUUUUUAGACGGCAAAGUUGCAAUUAUAACUGGGGGAGCAAGAGGGAUAGGAGCCAAAACAGCAAAGUUACUAGCAAAAAAUGGUGUUGAUGUAGUCAUCGCUGACAUUCUUGAUGAGCUAGGGUCCCCUCUGGCCGAAUCGAUUGGGGGUCGAUAUAUCCAUUGUGACGUUUCGAAUGAAGCCGAUGUCGAAUCUGCCGUGAAUCUUGCAUUGGAUUGGAAAGGAAAGCUCGACAUAAUGUUCAACAAUGCGGGCAUUGCAGGACCAAGCGGGAGUAUCAUGAACCUAAAAAUGGAUAAGCUAGCGAACCUGCUAGCCGUGAACCUCAACGGGGUGGUUCACGGAAUCAAACACGCGGCGCGGGCGAUGGUGGCAGGAGGCAAAGGUAGCGGUGGUACGAUCAUAUGCUCAUCAAGCUCAGCAGCUGUCAUGGGUGGUUUAGCUUCACACCCUUACUCAUUGUCAAAAGCAGCAAUCCUGGGGCUGGUGAAGAGCGCAGCAUGCGAGCUCGGGCAAUACGGGAUUCGGGUGAACUGUGUUUCGCCACACGGUGUCCCCUCGGAGAUGCUGGUGAGUGCUUUCGGAAGGUUCGUUGGGAAGAUGGACGCAGAAGAAGUGGGGAGAAUUGUUGGAGAACGGGGGAGUCUGUUAGUAGGAAGAGGAGGAACCAUGGAAGAUGUAGCUCAGGCUGUCCUCUUCCUGGCUAGUCAAGAUUCUGGAUUCAUAACUGGCCAAAAUAUUGUUUUGGAUGGGGGUUUUACAUCAGGUGUCAAUCAAAUGAGUUUCAUAUAUCAAAAUUGAAUGAAUGCCAUAGUGACAAAUCCUUCAGCAAGGAGCGAGUUUGAUCCAAUUCAGACGGGAAAUAUAACAUUUCACCUAGCUGCUAAUUAAAAUUCUACACAUUUCCCUAAUGUAAAGCAUAGGGUGUGCCUAUAUACGAGGGGUUGUGAAGUCAGAAAUGUCAUGUUAGAAGGAACGUGGAUAAAGAAUUUAUAUUGGGC